AUGGAGGUGAUGGAGAUUGUACUGUUGGGCUUUCAAAAUGUUUUUACUUUAAACUCUGUUCUGUUUGUUCUGUUUCUGGUGAUCUACAUCUUGACGUUGGUUGGGAACCUGCUGAUUAUUAUAUUGGUGGCAAAUAUUCAGACUCUUAGGUCUCCCAUGUACAUUUUCCUCACUCAGUUAUCAUCGUGUGAUAUCCUUCUAUCUGCAACGAUGGUCCCCAACAUGCUCCAUGUUAUAAUUAAUGGAGGAGGCACAAUAUCUCUCACUGGAUGCAUCUCUCAGUUUUAUGUCUUCGGUGCUUCACUAAGCACAGAGAGUUUCCUUCUCACAGUGAUGUCCUACGACCGGUAUUUGGCCAUUUGCCGCCCGCUGCAUUACACGUCCAUCAUGAGUUUUAGGCUCUGUUUCCAACUCAUUUUCUCCUCCUGGCUUUUAGCAUCUAUAAUAACAUUGAUAAUUACCCCCCUUGUUUCUUCCUUACAGUUCUGCGGUCGUGUCAUUGACCAUUAUUUCUGUGAUCUCGCUCCCCUUCUUGAGCUGUCGUGUACAAAGCAUACCGCUGCUGAACUUGUAGAUUUUGUAUUAGCCGUACCCCUCGCAACCAUCCCUUUGUUCUUUAUUAUUUUCACAUAUGUUUCUAUUUUUGUCGCCAUCCUUGGAAUUUCCUCCAGCGCCGGGAGACAGAAAGCCUUCUCCACCUGCAGCUCUCACCUGACCGUAGUGUGUGCCUACUAUGGGGCAUUAAUAACAGUUUACAUCGCCCCCUCCAAAGGGCAAUCAUAUAAUAUCAAUAAGGUAGCAUCUCUUUUAUAUACUUUGUUCAACCCAUUUUUUAAUCCAAUUAUAUACAGCCUUAGGAACGAGGUUAUCAAAAUACAUUUGAAAAAACUUAUUCUUGAUUGCCUAAGAAUAAUUUAG